CUUUUUCAGUUCCAUUUUGUAAGCUCGAACGUGAAGAGUGGUGGCGUGUUCAGUUGCAACAUUUUGUCACAAAAAUAAUCACUUACAAAGCAGUAUUUUAAUUUUUGCAUUUAUCACAAAUUGAAGAUUGUAUUUUUUUUUGUUAAAAAUAAAUAAAAAAAAAAAACAAAAUGAGUGAACCAAUUCGUGUUGUUGUAACUGGCGCUGCUGGUCAAAUCGCCUACUCCCUAUUGUACAUGGUUGCCCGUGGUGAAGUCUUUGGCAGGGAUCAGCCUCUUAUUUUGCAUUUAUUAGACAUUCCACCAAUGGCUGGCGUCUUGGAAGGUGUUGUCAUGGAAUUAGCUGAUUGUGCUCUUCCCCUGGUCCGUGAAGUUGUUCCCACAACAGAUCCAGCUGUCGCUUUCAAGGAUGUCUCAGCUGCAUUCUUGGUUGGUUCAAUGCCCCGCAAAGAAGGUAUGGAACGCAAGGAUCUUCUCUCCGCCAAUGUAAAAAUCUUCAAAGUCCAAGGACAAGCUUUGGAUAAGUUUGCACGUAAAGAUAUUAAGGUCUUGGUUGUUGGUAACCCAGCUAACACCAAUGCCCUCGUUUGCUCCCACUAUGCCCCAUCAAUUCCAAAGGAGAACUUCAGUGCAAUGACACGUUUGGAUCAAAAUCGUGGAACAGCACAAAUUGCAGCUAAGCUUUCGUUGCCAAUCAGUGCCGUGAGCAACGUCAUUAUCUGGGGUAACCACUCAGCCACACAAUUCCCCGAUGCCAGAAGUGCUAAGGCAAUCAUUAACGGUACAGAAAAAGCUGUCUGGGAUGCUAUUGGUGAUACAUCUUUCUUGGAGGGACCAUUUGUCGAGAUUGUGCAAAAGAGAGGUGCUGCAGUCAUUGCCGCACGUAAAAUGUCUUCAGCAAUGUCUGCCGCUAAGGCUGCUUGCGAUCACAUGCACGAUUGGUGGAAUGGAACUAAGCCCGGUCAAUUUGUAUCGAUGGGAGUGAUUUCCGAUGGAAGCUAUGGUGCCCCCAAGGAUGUUGUCUUCUCAUUCCCAGUCGAAAUUAAGAACAAGCAAUGGAGCAUUGUUCAAGGAUUAACCCUUGAUGAUUUCGCCAAGUCAAAAUUGGCCAUUACUAGCAAGGAAUUGUUGGAAGAGAAAACAGAAGCUAUGGCUGUAUGCAAUGCAGAAUGACUGCAUGGCGAAGCAAAAUUGUAGUAAAGAAUAGUUUUGUUUCCUCUUUUAUUUCUUUCGAUUUUGUAUUUUGUUGGAAAACUUUGUCGAGCUAUUUUAUUUCGAAAGAAAUAUAAAUUAAGUUAAUUUUUUGUUUAACGGUAAAGUUGCAUUCAAAAUUAAUGCGGAUAUUAGUUAUUAAUAAAUUUGUUUUUCUUAUAGUUGAAAAGAGGAAUGAUUGUUAAAAUUAUUAUUGUAAAUAAAUUGAAAUGCAUUUUAUAGAGUA